AUGUACGUUUACGAGCAGCGCACAGAUGCCUGCAGGACCUGCUGCUGCUGCUCCGUUCAGGGUGAUCCCGGAGAGGGAGCAGCAACAUCUCGCGAUGAAUGCAUGAGAAUUCGAGAAUCUUGUGCAAAUUCUGUCAUACCAACAAUAAUGGCCGCUGUGCGCAGAGUCAUAUUUAAGAGUUUGUCGCUCUCUUUAGCUGCACGGAACGCGCUUUUUCGCUCUCCGGUGAAGGAUAACCGAUGCACACGCACAGGACUAGCAGUUGCAGUGGGCGUCGCGGCCGGAGGAGCGGUGUUGUAUUAUUAUUAUUCAGAAAAGUGCGGAUUCGGAGGGAGGAAAGCCCCAAUAAACCGAACAGUCUGUCGGGCUCUGCUGCCUUCACUGCCCGCUGUAGCCGCAAAGGAGAAGGCUCCAGUGUUUGAUUUUGAUGAAACUGACGUGUACAUGUCGUCCCAUGAGCAUCGUUUCCGUCUCUUCAGCUCAGUGGAGUAUGAGGGACAGCUGUACAUGACUCCUCAAAACUUUAUCGAGUCUGUCACCAUGAGUGAGCCUCGCAUCAAGAAGCCGUGGAGGUCCCUCACCAAACAGGAGUUGGAGAAGAUCUUGUCUGAUACUCCACCAGUGUGGAAAGGAACAUCUAAGCUGUUCAGGAACCUUCGGGAACGAGGCAUCAUCGCUUACACCGAGUAUCUCUUUCUGCUCUGCAUUCUGACAAAGCCUCAUGCUGGUUUUAAGAUUGCCUUUAACAUGUUUGACGCUGAUGGUAACCAGAUGGUGGAUAAACGAGAAUUCAUGGUGUUGCAAGAAAUCUUCAGAAAGAAAAAUGAGAAGAAAGGAAGGAAAGGAGAUGCUGAGAAGUCUGCUCAACUUAGUAUGCAGCUCUAUGGAUAUCAGGUUGCCCCGGUAAACAGCGUGCUAAAAAAAGAGAGUCAAGAGUUUGUGCCCAGGAGCUACUGGGACAUGCUGAGACGUGGCGCGAGCCAAGCCCUGUUUUCUGACCUGGCAGAGGAUUUUAAGCUAGAGCGUGCCGAUGAGAACAUGAUGAUUGACACCACUCUGCUUGUGCACUUCUUUGGCAAGAAGGGGAAGGCGGAGCUAACGUUUGACGACUUCUACAGAUUCAUGGAUAAUCUGCAAACUGAGAUGUUGGAGAUUGAGUUCCUGACCUAUUCCAAAGGCAUGACUACCAUCAGCGAGGAGGACUUUGCACGAAUCUUACUGCGCUAUACUAAUGUAGAGGACAUCCGCAGCUAUCUGGAGAACGUGCGUCAGUGCAUACCUGACGAAAAGGGCAUCACCUUCGAAGAGUUCAGGUCUUUCUUUCAGUUUCUUAAUAAUCUGGAAGACUUCGCCAUUGCCAUGCAGAUGUACAACUUUGCCUGCCGUUCCAUUGGACAAGAUGAGUUUGCUCGCGCUGUGUAUGUGGCAACAGGCCUCAAGCUGACCCGACACCUGGUUAACACCAUCUUCAAGAUAUUUGAUGUAGAUCACGAUGAUCAGCUCAGUUACAAGGAGUUUAUUGGUAUCAUGAAGGACCGGCUGCACCGUGGAGGCAGAGGCUAUAAAUCUGUUGAGCGUUUUACUUCUUUUAGAUCAUGUUUGAAGAAGGAACUGGCUAGCAGCAGGUGAACUUGAGUUUUCCUUUCUCUGAAAAAAGAAAACCCUGAUUAUAUUCUGCUGUUGAAACGUUGGGGGAGAAAGCAAAGUGCUCAAGAUUUCACCGUGAGAUCUACCUCUUCCUCUUCUGAGCUCCGAACCUCUUUGAAGUCGGAUUGGGAUCGACGCUCUGCACUGCAUGUUCUUGUAUCUGCGCAGCUCUGCAUGAUCAAACUUUAUUCUGUAAUCUGAUAUUUAUCUAGUUUGCAUGCAGCCUGGAGGAAAGCACAUCUCUCUGCCUUGUAUCUGAAGUUCAGUCCAUGCAAGUUCAAAUUUUGUAAGUCAUACAGUUGCACGUAUAUGUCCAGACAGAGUAAAGAUUAUUUUUAUGAAGAUUGAAGCAGCCUGAAUUUCUCAUCUUAGAGUUUUAUUGAUUCAAUUCAAUUCAUCUUUAUUUCUAUAGCACUCUUUACAAUGGAUAUUGUGUCAAUGCAGCUUGAGAAAAGAAUGAUUUGAUUUUAAUGUACUGUAUUAUAUAUAUCAAUUAUAUAUUAUGUUUGUUUUUGUUUGUUUGUUUUUCAUUAUUAUCUAUCAGGAUUGAUUAUAUAUACCAAAUCAUACUGUGUGUAAAGAGUGAUAUUUUUCAGUGUAUAGGUUUAAAAGAGAGUGUAGCAUUAAGCCCUGUAAUGAACAUUGCCUUAAUCAAAAAAAGCUUAUUUUUCUCAUACAGUAUUUAAUUUUGAACACGUAUGAUUGUACUAAGAUUGUAUAAAACUGUCUUGUCAUAUGAGGCAAAUAACUGCAGUCUCAGCUUGCUUUUUAUGACUGCAAUUUGAGCACUUGACAAAAUACAGACUUGAAAUCCCUCCUCAAAAAGUUAUGCAAGUCAAUAAAGUAGUUUCAAUAUA